CUUCAUCUUUCGUUUCCUUAUCCUUCUACUGUCAACAAUUCGCCCAUCGUCAUGUCUUCAGCAACCACCACCGACACAAAUCCCGCAUUCGUGCUCCGCGCCGUAAAAGACGUAGCAUUCGAAGACCGACCCAUCCCCAAACUCCGAGACGAAUAUGAAGUCCGCGUCCACGUCUCUCAAACCGGAAUCUGCGGCUCAGACGUACACUACUGGCAACGAGGUCGGAUUGGCGACUUCGUCCUCAACUCGCCCAUUAUUCUCGGUCACGAGAGCUCAGGCGUAGUCGUCGAGACCGGCUCCAAAGUAACCAACCUCAAAGUCGGCGAUCGCGUGGCUAUCGAACCCGGAGUGCCCUGCCGUCGAUGCGAUUACUGCCGCUCAGGAAGCUACGGGCUAUGCAAUGAUACUAUUUUUGCGGCGACGCCGCCGUGGGAUGGCACGCUUGCUAAGUAUUACACGGUUGCGAGCGAUUACUGCUACAAGAUCCCCGAUCAUAUGGAUAUGGAGGAGGCGGCUAUGGUGGAGCCCGUAUCAGUAGCCGUCCAGAUCUGCAAAGUUGCAGAUCUGAGAGCGAAUCAGAUUGUGGUUGUAUUUGGCGCUGGGCCGAUUGGUCUGCUUUCGCAAGCGGUCGCGAAAGCAUCAGGUGCGAAGAAGGUGAUUGCUGUCGAUAUCUCGGCAGCGAGGCUGGAUUUUGCAAAGGGCUUUGCGGCAGAUGGAACGUUUAUCCCGCCGAAAGCGGAGCAGGGCGUUGAUGCCGUUGCGCACUCGGAGAAGGUCGCGCGUUUGAUCAAGGAGCAGUUCGAUCUGGGUGAGGGUGCGGACGUGGUGCUCGAAUGUACAGGUGCGGAGCCCUGCAUCCAGGCGGGCAUCAAUGUCGCAAGAAAAGGAGCUACAUACGUUCAGGCUGGCAUGGGCAAAGAGAACGUCGUCUUCCCGAUCACCACUGCCUGCAUUCGAGCAUUGACUAUCAAGGGCUCUAUUAGGUACUCGACGGGCUGCUAUCCCAAUGCCGUGGAUUUGGUGGCAUCGGGGAAAGUUGACGUGAAGAAGUUGAUCACGAAUCGGUUCAAGUUUGAGGAGGCGGAAAAGGCUUUUGAGCUGGUGAAAGCGGCGCAAGAAGGCGUGUUCAAAGUCGUGAUUGAAGGCGUGCAAUAA